AUGCAAAUGGUGCCUACAGUAGCCGGGUGUAUGAUAUGUGUGGCGACGUCUUGUGUGCUUUUCAUAAUCAUCCUAAUCGUCAAUUUGAAAAUCAACAUUCUGCAAUCCAAAACUGGAAGUGGUGUAAUUCUGUACACUUUGGCUUUUCGAUUUCAAGUAAAAGAGAAUAUAAGAGCUUUGAAGUUAGCGUAUCGAGUUUUGGUCUGCAUCGGAGUUUAUAUUUUUGUAUUGUGUAUUAUUUUGUUCACACUAUUUUUCGAUGUGAUUCCUUCGAUGAAUCAGAUUUUGAUAUUUCUUUUGGAGAAUUGCAUUUAUUUAAAUCCUCUUGUCAUCUGUUCUGUGAUUUUCUACUCCAUCGCGCCCUGGAAAAAAGCUCUUCUCCAUGACUAUCCAUUCCUUCAAUCAGGAUUUUUUGUCUCUUCAAAAACCCAAAGAGCAUCCAGUUCAAAAGCUUCUUAUCGACAAACAGCUGAUCUAUACUUCACACAACUUCAAACAUCUUGGUUCAAGAAAUGA